AUGUCAGCAAACAGCAGUGUAAAGCGAACCAAUAAGGCUUUUAAAACAUGUUUAUUUUGUAAACGGUCGCAUGUAGUGUGUGAUAAACAAAGGCCAUGUUCUAGAUGUGUUAAGAGGGACAUCGCACAUUUGUGCAGGGAAGAUGAUAUUGCAGUUUCAAAUGAAAGGGCAUCACAUAUGGAAAAUUCUCCGGAGGAUAACGGUAUGAUACCAGGAAAAUACGCAAAUAGAACACAUGGUGGAAACUUAUUUGAUUAUCAGAAUAAUCUUAGCGGCUCUGUUGACAAUCGUAGCUCCAAAUAUGGAGAGGAAUUGUCACCAAAAUUAGACAAUUCUGUUGUAAAUGACACGACAAGUUUGCUGCUUCCACACCAACCUGUAUUUGUGUCCGAGAAUGUCGGUUCAGAAUUUAGUUCUUUAAACGAAUUUCUUUCGAUGUUAGAAAAUCCUUUGUUAAGUCAAGCAUCCUUAAGCUCUGGAAAUACGAAUAAUGUUCAUUUGGAAAAUGGUUCUCAAAGCACGCAAUCUCCAUUGGAAUACCAAAACGACAACGGUAGAGAUGUAAGUGAAGUAACAAGACAAGAACACAGGGUACCAGGUAUGGUGUCAGAUUCCCCCAAUAAUGCCUCGAAGGCGAAUCGACAAGAUCAACAAAAGGAAGAGUCUCUAACUUUGACCAAUGCAAACGAAAACAGUGCACCAACACCGAAGGAACAAUUUUUUCUAACCGCAGCGGAUCCAUCCACAGAAAUGACACCAGAAGAUCGGUUGAAACUGGUCAUAAAUGCGAAACUGGAGGCAGGGUUGUUGAAGCCAUAUAAUUAUGCCAAGGGAUACGCGAGAUUACAAGACUACAUGGAUAAAUAUAUGAACCAAUCUUCCAAGCAAAGAAUUUUGAAACCACUGUCUACUAUCAGACCGGCGUUCAGAACCAUUGCACGCUCGUUGAAGGAUGUCGAUUUAGUUUUGGUAGAAGAAAGUUUUGAAAGGAUGCUAUUGUCAUACGAUCGUGUAUUCACUUCCAUGAGUAUGCCUGCGUGUUUGUGUAGACGUACAGGUGAGAUAUACAGGGCUAAUAAAGAAUUUGCUUCACUGGUCGAUUGCACAGUAGAUGAUUUACGCGAUGGGAAGCUAGCGAUCUACGAGUUGAUGACGGAGGAAAGUGCAGUGAAUUUCUGGGAAAAAUAUGGCUCUAUAGCGUUUGAUAAGGGUCAGAAGGCUGUUUUGACAAGCUGUAGUCUUCGAACCAAAGACGGAAUCCGCAAGCGACCAUGUUGUUUUAGCUUUACGAUCAGAAGGGAUAGGUACAACAUUCCAAUUUGCAUCGUGGGAAAUUUCAUUCCAUUGUCAUAG